AGAUUCUGUAAGGAAGCGAGGAAUUUAUGUCCCUUCAUCAAAAUGUAAAUGCAGAUGCAUGUCAUAUGUAGUAGGAGCCGCAUUUCGCAGAGCGAGGUUACGCUUAAACGAGCGCACGGUGGAGUGCGGCCGGAAAUCACCGUGGGAAAGUACAUGAAUACCUAUAAAGCGCCGACAUCGCACCGCGGCAGUGCGUCAUUUGCGUCUCACGCGGUCACCUGCGGUCGCGCCCCGCGACUACGUCGCGAUAAGAGGCGUGACCUGACCAACGUGACUUGAACCCUGAAUUGGGAUCGCUAGUGAUUCGAUCAUGGAAGAUGUAAAGGGAGAGGUUGUCACCGGCGCGCGAUGGCCGAGCGCAGCUUUGACCGACGAUCUGGAGUUUUGGAUGACUCGGUUUCCGGCGCCGCUCAAGAAUAUACCCAUAAUACAUCUGGCGAUACCCGGUUCUCACGAUACCAUGACUUACACGAUCGAGAGGCGCAACGACGUGGGGCCGGACGAACCCGCCUUCAUCCGAACACUCGGCCGUUACUGCUCGUUCGUUGCCAAGCCUAUUAUUUUAAAUUGGUCUAUUACACAACGCGAUGAUAUCAAGCGACAACUCAAUGGUGGAAUCCGAUAUUUAGAUCUGCGCGUUGCUACAAAGCCGAGAACUAAUGAUAUAUACUUCCUUCAUGGUCUGUACGGAGCGGAAGUCAGCAAACCGCUUCUAGACGUAGCCAAUUGGCUCAGCUCGCAUGCGAACGAGAUCGUUAUCCUGGACUUCCAGCAUUUCUAUGCCUUCACGGAUCAGGAUCAUCAUCGUCUCGUGGAGAAAAUAAUCCAUAUUUUCCGGGGGAAAUUGUGCCCGGUCUCGUCCAAAUUUGAUCAUAUAACACUACAGUGGUUGGUCCUGAAGAGAUAUCAGGUGUUCGUGAUUUACAGAAACGUUUACGCGCGCAACUACGCGAAUCUGUGGCCGUCUGGCCUUUGGCGUACCGUAUGGCCUAACACUGUCCGCGUGGACGAACUGAUAGAUUUCUUGAAUGUCGAACUGCAGAAUAGAUCGUUGGACAUCGCAUUCGUAUCGCAAUGUCUGCUGACGCCGGAUACGUCCUACGUUGUAAAACAUUUGUGCGGUACUCUGCAAAGGGACCUGGCGUCUCGCUGCCAGAAGGCAAUCCUCUCCUGGAUAAAUCAGAAUCGUCCUGGUCGCGGAGGACUCAAUAUAGUUAUAGCAGACUUUGUAUCGGAUAGCAACUUUCUGGUUUCUAAAACGGUCAUUCAGAGUAAUAUGAAACUUCUGCAUAAUCUGGAAGUUCCUUAAUUUAAUUGUUUCUCUUCCGCUUCUCAGAUUACAAAUGACGCGUAAAGAAUACCUUAGAUCUAUUUAUUUUUAUCUUAGUGUAUUUUUAUCUUAGUGAAAAGAAAUAUCUCUAAAUCCACGAUUGUCGUUUAAGAUUUUUCACAAUUGAUACUUAGUAAUCAUUAAUUAUUAUCUAAAAUAAAUCAUUCAACUCUAAAAUUAUUCAAUU